AUGGCCUCUUCAAGGCUUCUUACACCUGCGCCCACGGCGUCGGGUACAGUCAGUUCAGCUGCACAAGAGGGCGUUGACAUGCUAUGGAGGCAUCAGCUUCGAAAGGAGCAUGCAGCUCUUCUCGAGAAGUUGGAUGCGAGCAAUAAAGAGAUCGAGGCUAUCCAUUCUGAGACCAGUAGAAAGAUUCAAGAGGCUGCUGAGCGAAUUUGCACACUCGAAGCAAGAAUAUCAAGGAUUGAAAGUGAUGAGAAGAAAAUGAAACAAGCUACAGAAAAGUGGCACGAGGAAGUUAGUGCUUUGAAGAUACAAAUGGGUCUGAUGCCGGAGAUUGAUCGUUCUGAUGGCAAGUCGAUCAGCCACUAUAAUGAUUCGACCGCCGUUGCUGCUGAAAUACCGAACCGGACCCCUAUUCCCAAUACAGCAUCACAGACCACUACAGAAGCUACCAAUCCCUCAUCAACCACAUCUGAUGAUAACCCAACGAGUGCAGCGCGGAUGCCCGCACCUACUACUGUAUUACACAAGACCGAUGGCGGAGCCAUAGCAAACGCCAGAACUACUCAUCCCAAUACUCGCAGCAGAAGCCAAUCCAACGGUUCAUCACCAUCUCGCGUCGUCCAGGCAGAAGUUUCCCAGGCUGUCAGCAUUCCUCGUCUCGCUCAGGGCACCGGUUCUAUCAAAGCCUACCUCAAAAGUGCAGAUACAGCUUUCUCUGCGCUCCCAAAAGACCGUCAAGUAGAGAUUCAGUUCGUCAGGCAAUUCAUCAAAGGUCUCCGAGAUUACAGGGCAAGGAAAGCCCUGAUAAACGAGUUGCAGAAAGCUCAUGCUUGCAGAACAAGUCAGGAUGGCAAGGUGGACAUUCUGUGCGAGUGGAUUGAUGUUGCAGAGGGGUUGAGGAAGGCGGGGUUGAUCGCUCUUGAGGCUGGUGAAGAAGAAGUGCAGAACCAGGGUGCGGGAAGGAAGAGAAAGAAGAUCUUGAUUCCGAGGGAGUUGAUUGAGAGUGGGAUGAUGAAGUAA